AUGAUGAGCUCGAAAAAGGAUACUUCGUUUACGGUGCAGGGGAGGGAUACCCCAGUACCGGUCGGAUCGGGUGGUGUCGUGACAGGCCCCCACCGACCGCUACCCAGCGACUGUCAGAGCCCAGCAGGCGACCAGGCUGUAGCUCAUGUAGGAACUACUGGAAGCAAAGUCAAAGAACCCAGGGGGUUACCAAAUGUUGGUGUGAUCGACAUCAUAAGUGACGACACACCACAAGGAGCCAAGGCGCAACCACACAGUAGGCUGAACCUAUACAGCAAGCUCAAGAGAUGCGAUUCCCUGAGCAUGUCAGAUGUAAAUAAAAAACGCCAGGUAAAUGACACUUCCUUCAAGGAAGCAGGCUCACCUGUGAAAAGAAUAGAAGACCCUGUAGCCUUCGUCCUCAUUGAGGCACUAGAGAGCAUUACCAGCCAAAUCGGCUGCCUGGUGACAAAAAUGAAAGAGAACCCAAAUACGCAGAGGGGAAUUAAGGAAACCAUUGUGAAACUGGCUAACAGCGCCGAAGUUAUUAGGAGAAAGACAACGAAAGAGUGGUUGGAGACAAACAAAUGGGAGAAAGUCGCCAUUCCCACCUACGAAGUGGACACCCAAACUCAAUCGAAAGGAAGCAGUCGCAUCGGAGGAAGGGGGCGAGAACUGGACUAUUGCCCUAGAAAAAGGAAGAAGGAGCUGCUUAGUCCACAUGCAGGAAGCGCUCCCGUAAAUAUGGACGUGAACUUUAGGAAGCUGAGGGAUACCAGUAGGAACCUGGAAAGCAUAGCUCUAGGAAAUAAGAACACGAAAGUAGAGGUUAAAAAGAUGGUAUCGGAAAUGAGGGCAAUCACGGAAGUGAUGUUCGCUAAAUACCAAAAAUGGUUAGAUACAUUAGCGAAAGGAGAGGAGGCAGACACGACGCUCACAACUCAAGUGGACGAACCACGGACAGAAAGCGUAUUGCACGAGAAGCGCGAAACUAGAGAGAUGGGGACGCAGGUGAAUAUGGACACUACCGAGCAGGAUACUGAGUACCUCAUAAGGCAGAAGGUACAGCCGAACUGUACCUACGAGGAGAUAGCUCCAAUGCUGGAUGAGAGAUGGCCAGAGGACCUGUAUAAGGUAACAGAGGAGGAAAUAGGAAAUCUCACCAGGGAUGAUUCAGAACAUGACGUGGUACUCGUGCUGGACACAUCUAAGGAAGAGAAAAAAGGUCUCUUCAAGGCCUUAAUCGAGAAGUACCCGGAGACGGAGGACCUGGCUAACACAAAAGCAGAAAAUAUAGAGUACGUCAUUAAUACGACAAGAACUGUUUCCAGCAGGGGUGGCACGGUAGAGAGAGAGAAAUACAUAUACAUUCUCCCGUGCAAGGCGUUUGGAAGAGCGACAGAUACGACAGACGAAUUCUGGAAACAAGCCACAAAAUUGAAGGAAAUCAUGGACACGAACAGCAGGAAGAACAUCACGAUGGUAUCGGAAGGUAUAGACAGUGACUAUGGGAGGAAGGUGCUGGAAUGUGUAUUCUAUGGAUCAGAUUUUAAAAUCAGAUAUCUGCAGCCGGCCUGGAACAAGAAGAAGGACAGUGAAAGGAAAAACGCUGCGAAAGAAAAGGACAGCAUCGUCAUUGUAAAAGCCGGCGAGAGCUCGUACGGGGAUAUCCUGAAAAGAGUCAAAGAGGGAGUCGACAUCAAAGGAUUAGGUAUAUCUGUGAAGAGUGUAAGGAAACUGGGCAAGGGUGACCUAGCGGUAACAGUAGAAGGAGGACAGGUAAAUGCCGACAGACUGCGGACAGAAAUACGAAAUAACGUGAGAGACAUCGACGUGAGAGUAAAAACGAAUGACAUCAUCAUCGCAGUGACAGGGCUGGAUAUAACAACCACCGAGGAGGAGGUGACGGCUGCGAUAGCAACAGCGACUGGGAAUACAGUCAUUGAACAGAAUGACUACUCAUCAAAAAACGAAUCCACUCAGCAGUGGACAGAAGUGCAUUAUAAAAAGAAAGGAAAAAAACCAACAACAAAAACUCAAGAUCGCCAAGAAGUGACCACACGUCAGCAAGUACGUCGCAGUGUGAAUAAUAAACCUAUCGUAGGGUCAGAUUCAAGUCGAAAUUCAGACGAAGAUUUUGCCGGGGCGGAUCCGAUGGUUUGGCUGUAUGUCGGCCGUUGUAAACCGCAGGCAACCGCCGAGAAAGUCAGAUCUUACCUGGUCAAGAAGUCCCCAGAAUACGAUUUCUAG